ACUAGUUCCUUUCUCUCGAUUAUGUUGCUGAAAUUAAUCUAAAUUAAGAAGAAAUCUAGCAAAUGCCUCUGCAAGUGUAUCAAAGACUUCGACUUGUCGAAGAUAUUUUAUUUACAUAUUUUCCUUAUUUAUUAAAUCAAGAAAAAGAAAAAAAAUCUGUUGGGUAUCUAUAGAGCUGCAGCAUUCCAGUAGAAUGGCAAUAACCUUUCCUGGGUCCGGUUUUCUGGCUGGUCUAGCCAGUUCUGCAGCCGGUUGAGGUUUAGGGUUAUUCUGGCUUGGCCUUCUUGUGGGCAUUGCCAAGGAUGCGCCAAUUCAGUUGCCAAUUGCCAGUUGGCCAGUCGAGUUCGCUAACAGAAUGAGAUACAUUUGCCUGCUGUCAGUGGUGGGCCUUGCCCUAGCCACGCCCAGUCUGCGCAGCGCCUCAGAGCCAGCCAAGAUAUUGGAGUCGUUGAACACUUUGCGUCAGAACAGCUUCCUGGACUGGAUCGUGUCCGUGUUGGGUCCGGACUACCCUGACACGAGUGCGUCGCCCGCCAAGCGGGAGUGCCCGGCCUGUGGCUGCGGCAACAUUAAUACGCGACAUCGCAUCGUUGGGGGCCAGGAGACAGAGGUGCAUGAGUAUCCCUGGAUGGCCAUGCUGAUGUGGUUUGGCAGCUUCUAUUGUGGCGCCACGCUGGUCAACGAUCAGUACGCCUUGACGGCGGCACACUGCGUCAAUGGCUUCUACCAUCGCCUGAUCACUGUGCGCCUGCUCGAGCACAAUCGCCAGGACAGCAAUGUGAAAAUCGUGGACAGACGAGUGACUCGCGUGCUCGUCCAUCCCAACUAUAGCACAGUCAACUUCGACAGCGACAUUGCGCUCAUUCGGUUCAAUGAACCAGUGCGCCUAGGCAUCGACAUGCAUCCCGUUUGCCUGCCAACGCCAACAGAGACAUUCGCUGGCCAAACGGCCGUGGUGACUGGCUGGGGCGCUCUCAGCGAGGGCGGCCCCAUAUCCGAUACCCUGCAGGAGGUGGAAGUACCCGUACUGUCGCAGCAGGAGUGCCGUGAGACCAGCUACGGCUCUGAGAAGAUUACCGACAACAUGAUCUGUGCCGGCUAUGUGGAGCAGGGUGGCAAGGACUCGUGCCAGGGCGACAGCGGUGGACCCAUGCAUGUCAUUGACGAGAAACAGAGCUAUCAACUGGCCGGCAUUGUGUCCUGGGGCGAGGGCUGCGCUAAGCCCGGCUCACCCGGUGUCUAUACACGCGUGAGCAACUUUAACGAGUGGAUUGCGGCUAACACUCGCGACUCAUGCGCCUGCAGCCAGGCCGAGGAGGUGGCGCCAGCUGAAGCUGCCAGCACCACAACCGAGCAGCCAGAGAUGGCCACAGCUCAGACCAGCGAAGGCCCAGAAGUGGUGGAAGCUGAGUUGCUUGCUUAAGAUUUUUGAUGUAUACGAAAAUUCUUUUAAAUAAAGGCAAU